ACAUUUCUCAGCUUCCUCUGCACUUCCGGCUUUCACCGCAGAGGCAACAGACUGAACGUCAACAAGAUGCGAUAGUUUAACUUCCCCGAUGAGCUGUGAUCAGUGACAGCGGUGUUAACAGCUUCCAGGUUCUCCUCCUGCUUCUGUAAAUGUCACAUCUCUGUACCGGAGGCGUUUGGCACUAAAUCAAAACGAACCAUGCAGUUCUCCCCGACCAACGGAGACUUCACGUUCGUCUCUUCGACGGAGGCUGAAGAGCUCAGCGGCACCAUCAGUGCCCCGGAUAUUAAGCUGAACGUGGGCAGCGAGGGCGGUAAAGAUCCAUAUGCCACCACCUUCCUGAGGCAGCGAGGCUACGGCUGGCUGCUGGAGGUGGAGGAGGACGACAGUGAAGAGAGCAAACCUCUUCUGGAGGAGCUGGACAUUGACCCGAAGGACAUCUACUACAAGAUUCGAUGUGUGCUGAUGCCGAUGCCGUCGCUGGGUUAUAACCGGCAGGUGGUCAGAGACAACCCGGACUUCUGGGGCCCUCUCGCCGUGGUGCUGCUCUUCUCCAUGAUCUCCAUCUAUGGACAGUUUAGGGUUGUGUCUUGGAUCAUCACCAUCUGGAUAUUUGGAUCACUGACAAUCUUCCUGCUGGCUCGUGUCCUCGGUGGUGAGGUUUCCUUCGGCCAGGUUCUCGGCGUGAUCGGAUAUUCCCUCCUUCCCCUCAUCGUUAUAGCCCCUGUGCUCUUAGUGAUCGGAGGGUUCGAGGUAGUUUCUACACUAAUCAAACUGUUCGGAGUGUUCUGGGCUGCUUACAGCGCCGCUUCCCUGCUCGUCGGAGAUGAAUUCAAAACGAAGAAGCCCCUUCUCAUUUAUCCCAUUCUCCUUUUGUACAUCUACUUCCUGUCAUUAUAUACUGGUGUGUGACUGGAUGAAGUGAAACUGGACCUUUUCAUGGACACUGACCCUGCUGUGAGGAGGAGGAGGAGGAGGAGGAGGAGGAGGAAGGGGUCAAACUACAGAACCAGGAUUCUUUUCUUUUUUUUAAAUUUUUUUUUUUUUUAAAAGAUGUUUAUUUCUUUUUUUAACUAUUAAAUAGUAGACGGUGGAGAUGUUAGGAAUAUAUAACAAUGUAUAUAGUUUUGUCCCUCAUGUCUUCGGUCAAUAAAAUGCAUAUGCUUUAACAGCUGAAACGUCAGGAUGCAGACAGGAAAAAGACCCAGUGUUCUAUAUUCAUUUAGUGGUGUCUUUUUUAAUAUAUUCUGGAUCCAACUGAAGUGUGGUGCCAAAUGUGUGGCGUUGAUGCUGAAGGAAGAGACAGUGGAGCUUAAUGUUCUAAAUUGUUGUACUAUGAGUGUCCAUCCUUACUUUUUAUUUUUCACAGGCUCGUUUUCUUAGUUUGUGUAUUUUAGCAGCAGAAGCAAGUGGACCUUGGCAGUUAGGGGGAUUUAACCCAGUGUCUGCUCAAUGUGGUGCCUUGUUUUCACACCUCGAGUCCUGUUUGCCAGCCGUUUAAUACAGGAAUAUAAUCAUUUGAUCAACAAUUACAGUAAAUUCAUAGUUAUUUGGCACUUAAA